CCGCCGACGACGACGAUCGGCACUCACACACACACACGAAAAAAAAACCAGUACGCGCGGACGGCUCUCUCUCGCUCUCGCUACCCGAACUCUCGCUCACCCUUCUCGCUCGCUCCGCCGCGCGCCGUCGCGACGUACGACUGCCGCUCGCUGCAGCUGCUACACACAAAAGACAGAGAGCGCGCGUGCGCUCGCUACGCACAGACACACGGACACACGCACGCGCGCGCACUCACACCGACGGCCGAACGGUUCUCGGCCCGUCGCACAAACCCCUUGAGCGUUCAGUGUCUCACGUGCUCCGCAUACGUUCGGUGGUUGUUCGCUCUCGUCCGCACAUCAAAUACUUACACUUUGUACACCUCAUACACCACCAGACAUAUUAUACACAUAUUUUAACGUUCUCGCCGUACGAUAAUCUUAUAUAUUUACCGCAAUAAUAUCGUGUUUAUACUUGGGUAUAUUAAUAAUAUUGUUGUAAUACAUGCACUCGCGUUCGUCUUCGGCAAUUAAUCCGUUAGUUUAAAUUAUAAAAGAAAAAUUAUAAAGAAAUUUGUUCGCACCACUUACGUCGUCGUACCGCGGAUUCCGAGUGUCGCGGGAUAUUAUUCAGUAAUAAUAUUAUAUUCCACCCCCGAUCGGCGGACACGCGUCCAUGACCAAGGUCGCCUGCGUCUGCUGCUGAAACCGUUUUUGCGGUUUUAAAUUUACUUAGGAUUCCAAGGGAUCACUUCAACGAGGGUUACUGAAAAGGUUUAAAACUGGCUAUCGCUACUUCCAAACUGUAUUCCCAGGCUCCUUUACGAGUGUCAACGAGGCUAUACUUAUGAGCGUCCUUGACCGAACUGUGUUCAAAGUUGAACACGAAUUAUUAUAAUGCCGGAUUUAACGUUUUCGUGUCGUUGAUGUGGUUGGAUAGAAUUUUCCGAUCCCAGAGGCCCGAAGGAGGACGGGAAUACUAUUCCUCCUACUUACAUGAACACACCCGACAUUCGCGUCCGUUCGGCCGUGUUCAUACCUGUUCAUGACAGACCCUCUAUUUUUCAGCCUUAAUUUGGGAGUGGAUCAAAUGGCUACGUUGGCCGAACACGCGGCUGACUUUAGCGGCAUGUUGGCCGCAAGUGGCAUGGGCAUGCCGCAGCCGAUGACUGCCGCACCAGUGCCACUGGCCUUGCACCCUCACCACCAAUCAGUGCGCGGCCCUUUGCCGGGCCUGGUAAAAAUCGCUCAACCUCAACCGACGGCGGCAGCCAACAAGGCGGGUUCACCGCUACAAAACGGCAAUCAGUCAGCUCAAGACGUCGCGGCCGUGGUAGCCGCACAACAGCAACAGCAACAACAACAGCAACAGCAACUACAGCAACAGCAACAGGCCAUCAUCAGCGGUGGCAAACAAAACGGCGCCGUGGCCGUCGAACAGAUGGUUUCGGCGCCAUCGCCCAGCGGCCGGUCGACACCGAACAGCAGCACCGAGGGCACGUCGGCCAAACUGUUCGUCGGUGGUCUCAGUUGGCAGACUUCGGCCGACAAGCUCAAACAAUAUUUUGGCAUGUUUGGUGACGUGACCAAUGUACUUAUCAUGAAGGACCCCAUCACUCAGAGGAGUCGUGGUUUUGGAUUCAUCACAUUCUCGGAUGCGGAAACUGUGGAGAAGGUGUUGGCCGUGCCCAUACACACGUUGGACGGCAAAAAGAUCGACCCGAAGCACGCGACGCCCAAGAAUCGCCCAAAGGCCGGCAGCAAGACCAAGAAGAUAUUCGUAGGUGGUGUCAGCCAGGACACCACCGCGGACGAGGUAAAAGCGUACUUCAGCCAAUUCGGUAAGGUGGAGGAGACGGUGAUGCUGAUGGACCAACACACCAAGCGUCACCGUGGCUUCGGGUUUGUCACGUUCGAAAACGAUGACAUAGUGGACACGAUAUGCGAGAUCCACUUCCACACGAUCAAGAACAAGAAGGUGGAGUGCAAGAAGGCACAGCCCAAGGAAUUAGUGCAGCCAGCGGCCGCUGCCGCCGCGGGCCUGUUGCUGGGCAAGCGCCCAGUGUUGGUCGGUGGACCGCUUGGCGUCCGCGUGGCCGCAGCUCCAGUGACACAGGCCAGCCACCAGUUGGCUGCCGUGCAACAAGCCCAGGCACAGGCCCAGGCUCAGGCUCAAGCCGCCGCGGCCGCGGUGGCCGCGCACAACUACAACAAGCUGUUCGCCACGUAUCCAGGACUGGCCAGCUACCGUUAUGCCCCGUAUCCAGUUCCGGUUUCCGCAGCCGCGGCCCCGCAGCCAGCAGCCGCCGCCCCGCAACCGGUGCCCACAGCAGCCGCAGCCACGCAGGCCGCAUAUCCGGCGUACAGCCUGUCCGGCAUCGACAUGAGUGGCUUCCAAGGCAUCGACUGGUCGUCCAUGUAUGGCAUGGGUGGCAUGUACGUUUAGGCCCGUUUCAACCCUUAUUGCGCGCGUCCUGUGCUGUUUGUAUGUUGUGUGUUGGUCAGGUCAAUUUUUUUUCGCGUAAAUGAGAAAACCGAACAAAAAAAAAGUAAAACGAAAAACAUUCUCUUGUUGCUCAGAUACAUUCUAUCAUUGAAAUUAUUUUUUUAAUAUUCAACCAAAAAAAAUCUAAAAAAAAUCCCCAUCUGAACCCUCCUCACCCCAACCCACACCCAACCGCGUUUCAUUAUCAUUUUUUUUUUUUUUGUAUUAUUCAAAAUCGACGAGGCUGACAGCCAGAUCUUCGGAGAUCAAUCCGCGUGUGUGCCAUACCACUGCCUCAUUGUCGUGAGUUAUUUUUUCAUCGGAUAAAAACUAACGAUUUCUAGUCAGAUUUAUCAUUAAUAUUAAUUAAUUAUUAUUAUUUUUUUUUUUAUGUAUUAUUAUUACUAUCAAUAAUUAUUAUUAAUUUUUAAUAUUUCUCAACUUUCUAAUCGUAGUGUGGUUAGUGUCUAAAUAACGUGUAAUUAAUUAAUUAAUUAGUUAAUGUAUUAUUUUGCUCUUUAAUAAAAAAAAUUCCAAUGAUCAGUAGAGAAAAUACAUUCCAUUAAGGACCAAAGCUCACAAGCAUACAUCAUGACAAUUUUUUUAAAUACCAUUUCAUAAAUUAUAUUCUCUUUUCUCUAUAUAUUUCAUUAUCUCUCUCUCUCUCUCUCUCUUUAUGCAUGUAUACGUAUAUUUAAUUGUUGUAUAUAUAUGUAUACAUGCAUAUAAUACAUGAUAAUUAUAAAUCUUUCGCUUCUUAUAUCAAAUGCUUCUUUAAAAUCAGAUUUACUAACUCGCUCUAGUAUUAUAGUAGUUUAACUUAGAAAGAAAACAUAAGUACGAAAAUGUAUAACAAAAACAAUAAUUCUUAUUAUAUGUAUAUAUUUUUUUGUUUAUUUUCUCACUACUUAUUGUAUACUUAAAUCAGUAGAAAACAAGACAUUGGAGUUGUUCAACAAUUUAAUUUUAGCUGUUCGCCUUAGUGAUCAAUCGUACAUUGUUUUUUUUUUUUUUGUAUUUUUUUUUUAUAUAUAUUGUCAAGUAAUGAAAAUCUCACGAGUUCAAUAUUUAGUUAGACACUAAAAGAGUUAAAACGUAUAAUAUUAUCUACUAUAAAACAAUAAUUUAAUUUUUCUGCGCGAUUUAGUUUUUAGUUUGUUAGAAUUAAACAAGUAAAAGUUACGAAAAGCACUGAUUCGACUGGACAAUACUAAUUAGAUCAUUAUUAUAUGUAUGUAAAGCAAUAAUACUUAAAUGGUUAUUGAUCUCUUUGUUUAUUUAUAUAUAUUUUUUUUUUUAAAUCUUUUUUUAGUAUAGUUUUACUCUAGUGGUAAGCCCUCUAUUUUUGUAAUAUUUUGAGAGUUAAUAAAAAGGAAGACAAAGCAAUUAUACGAAAGAGGGUUAGCGAUGCUUUUACAUACUCCGGUUUUGUGUCGUAUAUCCUAGACCUAGACUUUUUAGUACAUUUAAAAACCUAUUCUAGGUGUAUAUUUUUAAUGUCGAAGUCAUAUUUAGACUUGGUGUGUAUUUUAACAGUAUUUUUUAGUUUAGUACUUUUUUUUGUAGAGUAAUAUUAUUAACUACUAUUUAUUAUUAAAAAAAAAAUACAUAGUUGUAAGAGUAAUUAAGUGUACACUUUUUGACAUUUUUUUUUUUAAUUAUUAUUAUUAUUAUUAUUAAUUUAUUUAGUUUCUGUGUAGACGUUCUCUACUAUAUAUUCGUGUGUAGUCCUACAUAUAGAUAAAAAAAUCGUAAAAAUAUAUUAUUAACAGUAGUUUUAGAUACCUCUAUAUACGUGGAUCCUUCGUUUCUUUUAUUAUUUACAAUUAUUAUCAUUAUUAUUAUUAUUAUUUUUUAUUAACAAUUUAGUUCUUUACGCACUCUAGUAGUUAAAUGUUUAAAAAUGCUGUGUUGUUUACAUUAUAAAACGGAAAUAAAUAAAAGUAGUAUUUGUCAGUAGAAAAUCCGACCGAUCCGCUUUUGGUUAUUUAAUUUAAUUUUAGAUUUGUUUUUUUUUUUAGAUCAUUAUUAUUUAAUUCAUAUACAUAUAUGUGUGUGUAUAUAGUAUUUAUAUAUAUACACAUCUAUGUAUUCGAGUAAAGGAAAUAAUCGUAUAUGAAAAAAAAAACAAUCUUACUCUCAUCCUAACACCACACUACCGUAAUGUUGUUAUAAUACCAAUAUCUAUCUAUAUGUAUACUAUUUACCUAUAAUACUAAUACUAAAUUAUAUAAUAUAUCUAUAUUAUUAUAGUAAUAAUAUAAUAUAUUGCAUGCGUAUGACCUCGCGUGCGAUAUGUAGGUAUAUAUCGCCGCGUACGGUCCGCCCGCGCUCAAUUUUGGGGAUGAGAAUCAUCUCUUUCCCUCCCCUAUCCCUCUCCUAAUUCCAUCAUCGAUUGAGUGUGUAUGUGUAUUAAAAUACAUAUACUGCAAUUAUUAUUCUAUUAUUGAAGCCGUCCGUUGUACAUCGGCCCAUAUAUAAUAUUAUUAUUUAGACAGUAGAGUGAUAUUAUAUAUACAUAUUAUUAUCAUUAUUAACCCUAUAACCGUUGUUGUUGCUGUUGUUAUUGUUGUUUUUGUUGUUGUUGUUGUUUGAUAAGUAGUUAAAAAAUAUUACUAACCCAUUAGAAGAAUUCGAUAUAAUAUAUAAAUAUUCCUAACAUGUAUAUCAUAUAUAUAUAGUGUAAUACGUAAACGGCUGCUCAGUAUAUGGACUUAUAAUAAUACGUAUUUGCGUCGUAAAUAGUAAUUUAUAAUUACGUGCCGCUGAAAUUAACCCCGGACCAUAUAUAUAUUACGUUCGUAACAUCACAUUAAUAUACGUAGUCGUAUUAUCGUUGUGAUUUUUGUUAUUAUUACCGAUAAAUACAAUACUUAAUAUUAUGUAUAUUAUAUUACUUUUCGUAAUUAUAGCACAUCAUUACACCGUAUUAUAAUGUGUGUAAUGUGCUGUGCGAGCAAACGAAAAAAAAAAAUAAUGAAAACAACAUUUUGGUUUUAAAAGAACGUGUUGAACGAAAUAGUUUAAUUUUUUUCACGUAUAUACAAUAUUAUCGUCAUCAUGUAAUAAUAAUAAUUAUUUAAUAAUUUAUACACAUUUUGUAUACCUUCGCCUAUUUUCGACAGUGUCGUCGCGCUCGAGUCACAACCGACGAGAACGACAAAAAAAAAUAUAAUAUUUACACACUCAAUACAAUAUAAUACAAUUGAUGAUUAUAUUAAGUAUUUUUUCGGCUGGUACGAUAUUAGAAUUUUUUUUUAAAUUUUUUUUUGUUUUUACUCACUAUAUUAACUGUUGCGUUUGCGGUAGGUAACGGGUUCUGGUGUGUGGCGUAGAAAUUAAUAGUAUACAGUUGUGUCGCCUUAAAUUUUAUACGGCCCGCACGACUGAAGGUAAUAACAAUUUAAUAAUAACGGUUCGUAAUAUUAUGUCAUUACUAAUCGUUGUUAUUCGUAUUAUUAUUACUUAUAACUUCCUCGUGGAACACACGACCGGCGGUGCUCGAACAGCUCUCCGGAGAUACGACAUCGGCGGCCGCCGUUUCACCUGUAGAACAAAAAAAACAUAUUAAUAUUAACAACGUUUGCAGUACAUAAUAAUAAUAUUAUCAUUAGUCGACGCUUUGUGUAGACUCGUAUCACAGUAAUAUAUUACAUAUUAUCUCUGCUACGUAUAAUAAUAUAUUAGAAGCGUAUUAUAUUAUACUGCGAAUUAGGCAAAAUACGAAAAACGGAAAAAUAUUAGCUACCGAUUGUUUUAAUAAAUUUAGUGGGUGUGUUUGUACGAUUUUGUGUUUAGUUCUACGACGACAACUACGAAGACAACUCCGACUGCGACAGCAGCUGCCGCCGACUUUUGGUCCCCGCGCGACAGACAUAACGUUUAAAACCGUGUGUGUGCCAUAGGUAAGUAUGGUAUAUACAUUUUUUUUUCUUACAGAAAACAGGACCAGCGCAAUAUACCACAUUAAUGUAAUAUAGUUUAUAUGGAGAGGUAUUUUAAUAUAACGCAUUACGAUGAUCGUUUUUGAAACCGAUGAGAACUUAACUCUUUUCAACAGAUUCGUUGGCUAAGCGAUACAUCGCUUGUAUAUAAUUAUAAAUAUUAAAAAAAAAAAUAAUUGAAAAGUGACGAGCACUGUUAAUCAAAAAAAUUGACAAAUUUUAGAAAUUUUUUUUCAAAACCGGCCUCAUAUAAUAAUAUUAUAUUACUUAAUUAUUCUAUACUAAACAGUAAACUAUCCGUAGCUCGUAAAACAUCGUAGUUGGUGCCGAUUGCAUGUGUUUCCACCGUUGUUGGAAGUAGUAUUUAAGUAGACAUGACAUUUAUUAUACCUAUAUAUACUAACACCAAAAUAAUAUUUAUUUAUGUUAAUAUAGUCUAACAACGGUUCUUGUAUUUUAUAUACAUUUAUCAUUAAAUAUAUAUUUAUGUGUUUAUUACAUUUAGUUCUGUGCCAGUUUUAUUUUCACAUACUUUUCUGUGCGCUUUUAGUAUUAUGAAUUUUAUUCAAUUUCACUCGUGUUAUACUGUAAUAUUUCGGGGGGAAAUCGAUAUUCACUAUUCACGUCCUUUCCCAUUCUAUCUGAGAAAAAAAUGGAUAAAAUUAUGUUAUAUUAUAUUAUAUUAUUAUUAAUAUUAUUAUUAUUAUUAUCAUCAUAAUUAUUAUAUUAUUAUAUAUUGCUCAAAUAGUUUAGCGUGUAAUUAAUUAAUAUUUAGGUGUAUCAUUUUUUUUUUAUAUAUUAUAUAUUCAUACAAAAAAAAAAAUAUAUAUAUAUAUAUGUGUGUAUGUAUAAACACUUAGUUAUAAACGCCAAACUAGUGGCAUAGUAUACAAAAACCUAUUUAGUUUAAUAUAUUAAUUUAUUAUAUUUACGUACCUAAUAUAUAUAUAUAUAUUUAUAUAUAAUGUAAUGGACGGAAGUAAUAUUUAGAAUUUUUUCUCGUUCAACGUGUAUUUUUUAUAGUGAUUUUAAAAAUUUAGGCAUAUUUAUAAUACAUAUAAUAUAUAUAAUAAUAUAUAUAUAUAUAUAUCGUUCACGGCAAUAAUACGAAUUGUAAGAUAUUUACGUACUUAUAUAUAUAUGUAUUAUAAAUAUUAUAUAUAUAACAUUUUUUUACUAUUAUUAUUAUUAUUAAUACGAUCUUUGAAAUAUGUAAAAUUUGUGAUAUUUGAACCUUGUACUAGUCGUUUUUUGAUCUAGUCUUAUUUUUAAUCAGUAUAUAUAUUUUACUAAUUAUUUACGGAUUUAAUUAAUAUAUCAGAUGUCGUGACAUAUUAUUCAAACUUAAUAUUCGUCGUUUGUAAGUCUUCCUUUGUAAUAAUAAAUUAAUACGAAACAUCAUUAGUGAGUAUACGAGUAGCACCUAAACCAUGACUGUCUAAACAAUGUAAAUCGAUAUGUUAUUUUUUAUAUAACAAGAUAUAUUUAGACGUGUAUUUAAUCGAUAUAACUUGUGUAAAUUUUGUACAACAAUUUUUUAGGCUAGGUCUAGUCAUGUUUGGUUAGUCGCCUAGAAUCAAUAAAUAUAUAUGAUAUAUAUAUAUAUUCGUAUUUGUGGUUAGUUUAGGUGUAGAUUAUGUGAUUAGAAUUUGUAUUUAUUAUUAUUAUUAUUAUUACUAUUAUUACUAUUUUUUCUGUUAGUUCGAAAAAGUUACUUUAAAAUACAUUUUUUACCCCAUAAAAAAUAAA